AAAUGUACAUUUAAAAUUAACUGACAUGUCUUUCUCAACCAAAAUUAACCACACAAUGGCAAACAGAUGAGAGGUUUGAAAAGAACACUGACGCACACACGCGAGAGAGUUCGGGUCUUAUCGGGUCCGUUCUGCAAAAACACAUUCAUUUUAAAUUACCCGAGACCCGAUGCCGCUAUUAUUGUACCGACCUGUGUCCGAGGCACAUGUGAAACUUUUAGACCCGAACCCGAUCGGGUCUCGGGUCGGACCUCGGGUUUUCGGAUCUAAGUGGACCUGUGAAGACCUCUAGUACAAGGUUUACAUAAAAACGAGGAAACAAAUGCGUUUGAGGCCAACGAUAUGUCAUUACCAUGUACAGAACUCUUAUUAUUCAUCUAUGCCCAGCUAAAUACAGAUUUUUAUUUUAUGGCCCCUUUAAACUUUUAGUUUCAUUUACAGUAUAUAUAAAAGUUCAAGGGGUUGCCUUGUAGGUUAUUUAUUCCAUUAUUAUUAUUUUUCAAAUUGAAAACAUGGCUUUAUAUAUAGGCGGUUUCAUCGGCUCACACGCAUUGCCGUGGUUACACGUCUGACCCAAAGUUAACUUCCGGUCUGUGCUUGUUUAUCAGCCUGGCUAGCGACUAAACUGACCUCUGAAUCAAAUACCUAAUGGAAAUAAAAAUGUUUUGUUUUCCGAAAGACAAGGAAGACAUGGAUCACUGCUGUGUGGAUUUGGCUGCCAGGCAAGAAUUUUUCGAUCUGAGUGUGCUGUGUAUAGGGCGUAUAUAAGUGCAUGGUGUUGGAGCGACAUCAGCAACAUCAGCAGCAAUGGACAAAGUGGGAUCUUUAUUUGCAUAUAAAACAGCCAAAUAUGUGGUGGCAAAGAAUAAAAAAAUCGGUAUUUUAUACAGACUGUUUCAACUCAUUGUCCUUGGAUAUCUAAUUGGGUGGGUGUUCCUGAAAAACAAAAAAUACCAAAUAACAGAUGAAAUCAUUCAGAGCUCAGUGAAAACAAAAGUUAAAGGAUAUGCGACCAUCACAACAUCAGAUGGUAAGGAAGAGGUCUGGGGGCCGGAGGACUAUGUCAUCCCACAACAGGGAGACAAUGUUUUCUUUGUAACAACCAAUGUUGUAGAUACCCCGAACCAAACGCUAGGCUACUGUCCAGAGAGUCCAUUGGCAAGUGGUUUUAAUUGCACAGAAGAUGCAGACUGCAAACAGAGCAAGUAUUCUGGAAACGGGAUAAAAACUGGCAUAUGUUUGAACAUCACAUACAAUAAUUCUAUUGGCAUUUGUGAAAUAUAUGGCUGGUGUCCACCUAAAACAAAAGAGCGGUCAGAGAAGCCAAUGCUGAGUGAAGCUGAAAACUUCAUCUUGCAAAUAAGGAACGUCAUUAGAUUUCCCAAGUUUAACUUCUCAAGUUCAAAUUUUAAAGACAAAGAUCAGUUAAAGAAAUGCUUCUAUGAUGAGAUCAAAGAACCACAAUGUCCUGUAUUUCGUCUGGGAGAUAUUGUACACAAAGCUGGGUACAGCUUUCAGGAGAUGGCUGUUUAUGGUGGCUCAAUUGCAAUUAUGGUUGAAUGGCAGUGUGAUCUUGAUAAAGAAUGGGAUUGCAAUCCUCAGUACAGCUUUACCCGUCUGGGCAAUUCGCCCACACACGAAUUUAAAUUCAGAUAUGUUCACUAUUUCACAGAUGCUCAUGGAAGGAAAUACAGAACACAUUAUAGUGUGUCUGGAAUUCAUUUUCACGUCAUGGUUUUCGGAAUGGCAGGAAUGUUUGGUAUUAUUCCUACCAUUGUCAACUUAGGCUCAGGUCUCGCUUUUAUGGGUGCUGGUGCUUAUAUCUGUGACAUAAUACUACUGCACAUGAUAAAGAAACGCACUCUUUAUAGAGUGUUGAAAUUUGAGACCGUGAAAAAGUACGGAAGAAUGACAAGAGCAUAGUGAAAAUUGUAUAAAAUGUGUCAGCCUGAUCUCAUGAGAAUUUGUACCUAUUUUACAAGUUGGCUAAUUUAUAUGAAUUUGUAAGUUAAUCAUGCAAAAACAUAUAAUUUUAUCAUUAAAAAAAAAUUAUAGUGAAACUCCACCCCUAGAACCAACGUCAAAGGAGUAAAGCCAAAUCAUACAAAAUGUCUGGUCGUAAGAAUUAGUACAAAUUGCCACCUCAAAAUACAUAUGAAUUGCCAUGAGAUAGCAUUGAACGUGUUCAUAUUUAUUAAUGAUAAUUAAAGUGGUUAAAUAUUUAUUUAAAAAACUGCAUGUAACUGUUGACUGUAUGCAUGCUAAGUAUAAGGAAUUACAAUGUGUACCUAGUAAAGUACUUUUGAAAUAGUCAGAACAAUAAACAUUAGUCCAAAAAACUACUUUUGUGUACUUUACAUGAAAACCAGUAAAAAUAAAUGCACCACAUCAUUUCGAUUAUAAAUAUUUACAUUGCCAAUUUUACUAUACUUAGAACUAAUGAACAU